AUGACUGGCAAAACUGUUCUUGUUACGGGAGGGUCUGGCUUCAUCGGCGCCCAUGUCAUCGUUCACGAGCUCGAGAAAGGCCACCGUGUCCGAACUACUAUGCGGUCUCUGAGCUCCUCUUAUUCUGUGCGGGAAAAAAUCAGCAACGGUGGGAUAUUAGAGGAGCAGGUCAAUGCCGUUGACUUCUUUGAAGUUGAUCUCCUUGGUGAUAAAGGUUGGGACGACGCAUGCAAAUGCUGCGACUUUGUGAUCCACGUUGCAUCCCCCUACCCACUGAAUGUGCCCAAGAACGAAAAUGAACUUAUUAAACCAGCUCGAGAGGGGACACUGAGGGCGCUCCGAGCUGCGAAAAAAAGCCGGAACCCCAUCAGUUACGGCCACGAAAAGAGGACAAAGGACAACCCGUUCACUGAGAAGGACCGGACGGUGCUGAAAGACGCCAAAAGUCCAGUUGGAGCGUACGAAAAAAGUAAAACGCUGGCGGAGCAAGCUGCGUGGGAAUGGCUAAAGAACGACGGGGAGAGCCUGGAACUAGCGAUGCUUGGAAAUGAAGAGAAUAUCGGCUUGGAACUGCCUACGAGAAUGCUGAAUGGAAAUCUUCCCUGGCUUCCCAACCUUUCAUUCAGCACUGUCGACUUCUUCGUCUCGGCAAAGGACAUAUCGAGGUAUCUAAGGCAAGGGCUGCCGGCAACGGAAACUAAGAAAGUUCUAAUCCCUGUGCUGCCAAAGUUGCUUUAA